CGCGUUUAGUUUUGGUGGAGGAUCACCCCACAGUUUAACGCCACAGCCGCAAGCUGUCGCCAUGAAUCCUAUCCAUCUCUUGCUGCAACAGCAGUUGGGUGGGCUUCCGGCAGCGGUGCCUGAUGGCAUGAAUACCAUGUUUUUCAAUCAAUAUAUGGCGCAGAUGCAGGCCUACCAGCUGCAGCUGCAUGCGCAGCUCUUGGCGCCAAAGCAGCCGGCGCCUGUGCCGCUGCUGGCGGCGCCUGCGCAGGCGGCGUUGCCUGCGCCUGAGCCGAUGAAUCCAGAGCCGCCGGAGCCGGCCGGCGAAGCCGACAGACCAACGGCUGCGGAUGAGAUGAUGGCGAGGUGUAUGGCCUUCGCACAGCAGAAGGAGAAAGAAAGAGGUGACAGAAAGACAUCUCAGGUGGAGUCAAGCCCACCACCGCUACCUCCGGAGGAACCACCAGCUCUACCUCAGGAGAAAGGCCUUCGAGGCCCGGACAAAGAUGCCGAGAAACAGCCCGAGCCAGAGAGGGCGCAGCAGGCCAUUCUUGGCAGUGGCUUCCAAUUUUCCUGGCUGAGGGGAGGUCACGAUCAGGAUCGCCCUGCAGCCGCUUCCAACUGCCACGCAGCCGCUGCAAAUGCUGCAAAGAUUGAAACUGUGCACCAGGACAGUCCUCUUGGCAAAGCCUGCCAGAGCGUUUUGAUAGCUGACACACGGGAACUUUCAUGGAUGCGUGCAAGCACCGAUCAGGACCCUGCCCCCCAUGGGAGCGGCAGCGCUGGCGUACAUGCUACAAAGCCAGUGGAGACCGUGCACCAGGAUAGCCCUCUCGGCAAAGUCUUGCAGAGUGUGAUGGACACUGAAAAGAGUGACCAUCCAAAUCCACAGCUCCAAGAACACCUUAGUCAGGAAACAGCAGACGAUUCCUUUGGCUUCUUCAAAGGUGGCAAGGGCAAGGGUGCAUUGCCAGUGGGCAAGGGUGACGCGCCACAUUUUCCAAAAGAACACUUGCAGGAUGGCCAUGACAACGCUUUCCACAACAUGUUCAAAGGUGGCACAGGCUUCAAAGGUGGCAAAGGUGUCAACGCAGACGAGUUCCUCCAGGAAGCCGCAGACGGCGGCCUCUUCAAAGGUGGCAAGGGUCCCUUGCCCGUUGGCAAAGGGGACACGCAGCAGUUUCUAAAAGACAACUCGCAGGAUGUCCCCGACAACGCUUUCCACAGCGUGUUUAAAGGUGGCAAAGGCUUCAAAGGUGGCAAAGGUGUUGACGCAGAUGAGUUCCUCCAGGACGCUUCAACCAACAGUGCCUCCUACCAGCAGUUCAAUGGUGGCAAAGGUGCAACGAGCUCCAGCCAGGAAGCCGCAGACAGCUCCUUUGGCCUUUUCAAAGGUGGCAAGGGUCCCUUGCCAGUUGGCAAAGGGGACACUCCGCAGUUUCCAGAAGACAACCCGCAGGCGAGUCUGAUUGAGAAAAAGACCUCAGCAGUCAUUGAAGCAUGUGCACCGGUCGGCCACUUCUUGUUGCGUUGGCAGGAUGGCCACGACAACGCUUUCCACAGCAUGUUCAAAGGUGGCAAAGGCUUCAAAGGUGGCAAACGUGUCAACGCAGAUGAGUUCCUCCAGGAUGCUUCAACGAGCAGUGCUUCUUACCAGCAGUUCAAUGGUGGCAAAGGUGCAACGAACUCCAGCCAGGAGGAUCUCGAGACAGCUGUGGACAGUCCCGUCAAAGCUGGCAAAGGGACGGAAGCUGCAGCAGUUAAGGACGGUUGCAAAGCAAAGCCCGGCCGCCUCAGCCGCCUCUCUCUCUGCAGGAUCCCCCGAGCGUCUCGACCGCCCGAGUGA